GCCAUUAAAUUUCAAUUUUUGAAGAAUACUAUUUUUUUUUAUUUUACAUGUGGAUAGGUUUCUAUAAUGAGAAUUUGAACUGACAUGGCAGUUUUGUUAGUGAAAUUGAUAAUUUCGUAAUUGAUCUUGCACGUGCUACCAAGUGUCUUGUCACUUUCAUUAUGUAUUUUCCUGUGUCAUAACACUCUUAAUAGACUAUAAUGCUCAGGUGUAGAACAGUAUUGAAAGAGGGUACAUUUUACCUAGUUUUGUCACAAAAGCUAAGUCAGAUAUAUUGUCCUGAAACUUUUUUGUCAAAUUUGAAUUUAAUAUGAACUGUUUCGUGUUGAAGUUAAUGUAUAAUUAUAUCUAUUCACCCAGAAUGCAAAAUUCAGUCUCACUGUCACCCAUUGUUGUUAGAUUUAGUUUGGUCAUAUUAUAACAAUACGAAGUAAUGUGUGCAUCUGAGCUUGUAAGCAUGAAACCUAAAUUUACUGGACACAAUGUUGUGUAGCUGGAGUAAAUGUAAAUAGAGCCCUAUUCAGAAAGAAUUAUGAUGUGUAUGAAAUUGUGAAGUUCCAUAUUCUAAUCUACAAGUUAAGAGAGAUUAUGCAUAUUUUGUGAAUGAAGAUUUGCCGAAGAGAAAGGAAUGGCAGAAUUUCUCUCUUGUAACCGAUUGGCGGAAUUAUGGAUGAUGAUUGAGCAGUUACAUCUCAGUUAUCUACAGACUGAUGAAAACAUGCAUAAAAUUGAACAGAGGAAGAAACUUGAAGGAUACAUUAAGGAAUACUUGUGCCUUGUUCCACAUGACAGAAAGUUCAGUUUCCUUGAGACUGCUGAUGUGCUACAUCGAAGUGCCUCUCAAAAGGAAAACUUCAGUGGUUAUCGGGCAGCUUCAGCAUGGAAUGCAAUUGGAAUGUAUGCCUCAAAUUUGCUGGCCCAACCAUGGAGAAAGGAAUAUAGAGAGUUGAAGUUGUUUUGUGGUUUCUACAAACAUGAAAUUGAGGCUAAUCUUGCUGGGGCAGAGUUGAUGCUUCAAGCAAUGGGAUACAAGCAUGCAGGAGAAACAGUGAUGGUACUGGAUGGUCCUAUUGAUCCUGACAGGGUGUCCAGUGUGUCACGAGAUUCAUUAAUGGCACAUGUGGAAUGUCAGUUGCUGAAAAUCAUCUGGGAAGAAGUGUCAAGCCGCUUCAACUGCAGCUGGCUACAAGUGCUGGAAUUUCGUGAAAAUCAUGUUGGAACACCUGAGAAUGCAGCUAAGGGCCUAAUCUACCACUUCCAUCAGCACCAGUACCAAGAGCAACAGCAGCAGUAUGCACUGUACCACCAGGGUACAGCAGUGGACACAUAUGGCACAGCGGCACGAUAUCACCAGCCGUCUGCUGGCUGUAUGUAUGGUCAGGUACAAGCUUUGCACCCUGUGCCCCAUGCAGGGUACUAUAACUACUCUGCAUAUACUGCGGGACCACCACAUGCAUACACUCUUCCACCCCAGCCGAGGUAUGCUGGUAUCGUAAGCCCACAGCAAGCUAUUCCGCCCACAGUGACCUACCCUGUUCCUACAACAGUACAUCCUUCAUAUCACCAUAUUUCUGGAUUACAUCACCAAGUAUUGAAAUCUCAGGAGCUGUACCCUACAAAUGGUCAUCAUCCUCAUCAUCACUACCCAGCAAUAGUGACUGUGACUCCAGUACCAUUGCAGAAUGGAUAUUCGGUUUCAACUCAGUUGCCAUCUGCACCAGCGUCUGUACAGAAUUUGAAUUGUCCUGUUCCAACUGGUCAACUUAUUGAGCUGGAUGUGGCCACUCCAGCGCAGAGUAGUAGCACUGAGACCCAGCAGACAUAUUCAGCAACAGAAUCUGCACCUCCCAUCCUAAUCCCUCGAACUGUAUGUCAUCAUAGCUCCAGUCAGCAACAGCAGACUGCCACCCUGAGAAAAAACAAUGAGAGACAGCAAGACAACCACAGAGUACAGUCUCAACCUCGCAGUUAUAAUGCCAGCCUCCAGAAAGUUGAAAGUCAACCACUUACUUCUGGCAAAGCUAAAGAAGAUGGUACUGGAACUUUUGAAAGCUGGGAUUAUGUGUUUCGUAACUUGGAGAGUCAAGGCUACAGCAAAGAUCUGGGUGAGAGGCCAGAUGUACUGUCCCCAUCACCUGAAAGAAUGGCAGGUAACUCUGUUUCACACAGAAAUCACAUGGAAGAUGUCAGAAAUUCUUGUCAACAUCACCAGCAACAGCCUGCAAUGAAGGAUCUGGAAGAAACACUAAUGGAGCUAAGGCUGGAAGAAUUCCAUAAAUCACUGCCAGCUGAGCAUCGACCAUUAAAAAUAAAUGAAGCUCUGCAGAAAAUACGGAUGGAAACUGAUAGUGAACCUUGCAAUAGAGGUCUAGCAAAAAGGUCUCCUAGUAUUGAUGCUGUAGAUGGAAGUGCUAGUGUUUAUGACAAUAUGUCAUCCCCACCAAAGGAUAAUCCAGAAAGAGAGAGGUCAGUCACAAUUUCCACAGCUCCCAGCAAAUCUAAUGUGAACAUCAGUGCUAUGAGCAACAAAGCGUCUACUAGGACGUUACCAAGAGAUACCAGAAGGUAUGGAGAAGAGCGUGAUAGGUCAUCACAGGUUGGGACCCAUUACUCAUCCACUACUCUGGAUCCAAGACAUGUGCCAGAUAGUACAAACCAUUCCCAACUUACAACUAACAUUUCUGAGUCUACCCCACCUGAGAAGAAUAUGGCUGUUCGAGAAUCAUCCAGCAAGGUGAGGAUUGAAGUGAGGCAGGAGAGUGCUGGAGACACUUCUCUUGAUCUCAGUCACAAGUCAUCAGAAGUCUCGGACAAGAAUAAAUGGGAAUGUGUGACCUGCACCUUUCUCAAUAUUCCUUCACGUGACAUAUGUGAGAUGUGUGGCAAAUCCAAGAUGAGAGGGCCGGAAGUAAGACCUCUGGCCAGUGGUGGCCGUGAAUGUCCUCAGUGCACGCUUGUCAACGAGAAGGGCGUGGCCACUUGUGAAGCGUGUGGCAACAGUCUGAAGGACUCACCAACGUAUAUCUAAUUUUUAAAUUCAAGGAAUGAUGAAGGUUCUGCUUACUGUUUCAAUCAGUAUAACUGUAGCAACCAUUUUAUUGAUAUUAAUUUCAUCUGUCAUCCAAGGACCCAGGCUACCAUAUUUAAAGAAAACAAGCUGUAUAAUAUUAAGACUGAUAUGUCACAGAUGUAUAUAUAUUUUUUAGAUGAGUUGCAGUAUGUAGAACAUCAUUUGUGAGGCACCAGAAUGUCGUUAUAGCUCAUGCAGAAUGUAUGAUAUGAUUGUAUCUCAAUCAAGAAAUAGCUUACUGUUUGAAAGACAUGUUUUCAUUAAUAAAGAUUCAGCUAAACUUUUUAGUUGUAUUUGAAAUGAAUGUGUAUAUAUACACAUCUAAAAUUUGUGUCCAAAACGUGCUUUUCGUAAUAUAUAAUUAUAGAGUUUUGUGUUUAUAGUUAAUGUUGUUAAAAAUGAUCAAAACUUCCCUUGUAAAUUUAAAAUCCAGUCACAUAUAAUAUAUACAGGAUCCUGACAUGUAAACCACAUUUCAUUAGUAUUGUGGCAUUAAGCUGUUAUAUAUAUUUAUAUGUCAGAUAAUCCAAUACAGUUAUUUUGCAAAUAUGCAGCUUAUAUUUUAAAUUGUAUGAACUCUAUAUAUCUGUGAUAAAACCAGAAUGUUAUUAAUAAUUUAAAAAUCAGAAAAUUCUGUGGGUGAAGCUCAUAAUAUGAAACAUCCAACAGCUUAAAUAAAUUAGAGCAACAGAAGGCUUCAGUUAGUUCAGAUUCUAAUAACUGAUAUUUGAGGGACUAAAAUUUGCAAGUGGAUUAUUGAAGCAACUGAAAAACCAUGUGUAUUACCAUCAUCUCUGCCUCCAUUGUUCAGGCAUGUGAUUGAUUCAGAUGCUGCAAAGUCACAUAUUUGAGCAAAUGGUGAAAUGUCAGUCAUAUUUAUUAAUUAUGUAAUGUAAUUUGGCUUUUUUUUUCUAUUUCUGCAUGUAAUAUGAAUUUUAUAUUUGGCAGUGAUCCAGUUGUGUUAGGUAAGGUAUUUCUGGGUGCUCAAAGAAUGUAAUAUUUUUUUGUUUUAAAUGAAGUCAAACUAGGGUAAAAUCUGCCAUAAUUAUGGAGCAUAUUGAUGAUGACUAUGAUGUGGCAAGGGUGAUAUCUAAAGAGAGGAGUUUUAUGCCAUUAAGGUCACAGUAGUGUGAGUUAUAUUAAUUAGCGAGUGUGUUCUUGGCCAAAGUAUAAUUGUUUAGUGUGGAGUGAUAGUGUUAUAAUUUGGAAUUGAUACCAAAUAGAUACAGUAGCAUAGUUGGUUGAGGCACUAUGUUACAAGCCAGAAGGUAGCGGGUUCAAUUCCUGAUGAGGUGG